UGACGACAUUGGAGCCGGCGGAAGAUCCCACCUUCCCAGGAUAAGAUGGCGCCAUUGACCAGGAAGUACGGAGAACAACAGUGCUGAAAGUACACGGUCGGAGCUGCGCCCUGACAAUAGCAGAAUCGAAAAUUUGUCAAACACAACACUCCAGACGUAGAGGGGAAUCCUGUGACAAACUGGAGACAAGAUGCCGUGUUUAGCGGAACGGUAGCGCAGCUCAUCGGGAGACUGAAAAGUGGUCUGAAACCAUUUCACUCUAAAGACAGAUAACGGUUUUUAUUCUGGUCUCCAGCGUUUAGGGAACCAAUCAUGUCAGGCAACAGACAUUUCAACGUCCAUGAAGUGAGCUGCUGCAUAAAAUACUUCAUAUUUGGAUUCAAUAUAAUAUUUUGGCUCCUGGGAGUUGCCUUCCUGGGCAUUGGGCUCUGGGCAUGGAAUGAAAAGGGAGUGCUGUCCAACAUUUCCUCCAUCACUGACUUGGGAGGCUUCGACCCAGUGUGGCUUUUCUUGGUGGUGGGAGGUGUGAUGUUUAUCCUCGGAUUUGCUGGCUGUAUUGGAGCACUGCGGGAGAACUCUUUCCUUCUCAAAUUUUUUUCCGUGUUCCUGGGGAUCAUAUUUUUCCUGGAGCUAACUGCCGGUGUGCUGGCAUUCGUCUUUAAAGACUGGAUCAAGGACCAGCUCAAGUUCUUCAUCAACAACAACAUCCGAGCCUACCGGGACGACAUUGACCUGCAGAACCUCAUUGACUUCACCCAAGAAUAUUGGGAGUGUUGUGGAGCCUACGGCCCUAAAGACUGGGAUCUGAACAUCUACUUCAACUGCACAGACACCAACCUGAGCCGGGAAAAGUGCGGGGUGCCAUUCUCCUGCUGCACCAAGGACCCUGCUGAGGAUGUGAUCAACACUCAAUGUGGUUACGACAUACGCGCCAAACCCGACUUGGAGCAGAGGACAUUCAUCAACACUAAAGGCUGCGUCCCUCAGUUUGAGAAGUGGCUCCAGGAGAAUCUAACCGUGGUGGCUGGCAUCUUCAUAGGCAUCGCCCUACUUCAGAUAUUUGGAAUUUGUUUGGCACAGAAUCUCCUGAGUGACAUUGAGGCUGUUAGGGAAAGCUGCCUGUUCACCUAGCAGUGGAGCCCAGGGGGCCAGGGCUGAAGCUCCACACACACACACACACACACACACACACCCCUCGUCUCAUUUUCUAUAGACUGGAACUCACCCAUCCACACGCACACUCACACUCACACUCACACAGAGAGGGGGUGAAGCCGCAGCGCAUCAGGCCCUCUGCAGGCCGGCUACUGCUACUGCACAUCUGCUACACGUUGGAGUACAGGAUGCAGCACUUUAUAUCGGAAACAUAUAGACGGAAGAAAAAAACAACUGAUACUUUGUACGUAUGUUUGUUUGUCCAAUUAUACGCACUGAAUGACAUUGCAUAGCAAGAGGAUAAUCUGUGUCUGUGAUUUUAACUUGUGGAUCAUAGAGGAGCAGUAUGGCUUUCUGAAUGACCCUUUCUUAUACAGGCACAGUCUUUUUCAGUAAGUUAUUUUAUAAACUUUAUGGUGGUGUCAGACGCUACGAUGGAUUGUUUGGGGUGGGUGAGUUGAUGAGACGCACUGCAUGCCUUUUGUUAUGACUUUGUUAAAUCCAUGGUGGCUACAAUCCAUUUGUGUUUUGGGUAGGGGGAUACCAAGCCUUUGUUUUGGAUGUUUUUUUUUAGAACGCUUUUGUUUCCUUGUUCUUCCAAGAUCACUCUCUGACAGAACAUGUUUUUUUUCUGAAUAUAUUGUGGAAGUAGUGAAAAGCAAACUUCUAUCUCUUGGUGCAAUGUUGAAGUUGUGUUUUGGGACAUACGAUUGGCCCAACGAACCAGGAAACUAAAUCACUAAAACUAGGAUCACUUUGUCUGCAGUGAUGUAUAGAGCAGGGCGUCAUCUCUGCACAGUUUGCUUAAAUUACAUACCAUCAGUAUCCAAGGAGAUGAAACAUUUACAAACCAAAAAGCAAAUACUACGUAUUAAGAUUAAAAUAGAAUCCUAGUUGUCUCUUAUUUUAAACUUUGAUUUUAGUACCCCAGCUUGUGUUAUGUCUAUAAUGUUUCAUUUGUUAAGACAGCCCACCAUCCGUCUCUUCUGAGCCUGCCGCUGUUUGCCACACAACUGUGAACUGUGUAGCUGGCUACAGUGUAAAGAUUUGAUCAGCCACAGGUAACAGCAGCUUUAACCCACGACCCCAGGUGCAGGAGUAGCGCGUUCUGAGUAAGAAGCUAGGUAGCUAGCUUGCUAAUAGAGCUUUUGAGAGUUGAAGCAUGGCAGCUCGUACCUCUGUCAGAAUGGGGCCACUGAGGUCCCAUGGCAGGCCAAUAACGGUAUUGCAAUGUAAACUUUCACUGUGUAAAUCAUAACUUCUUUGUGCCAUAGUAGUUGACUGGAGGUGAUAUCCAUUGAAAACUCUGUUGUUGAUGACUCUGUUGCUACGUUCGGUGCUGUCAAGAUGGCAAAUGGGGCACCUUGCAGUGGGACAGAUACUGUACCACAAGGAUUGUUUUGGAAACUAAAAAUAUCAGCUUCAUAUUCCAUAGACCAGCUCUGGAGUCUGUGCAGCUCAAGUCCAUAUCCAUGGACCAGUUUACAUGACAUUGAAUUAUAGAAUGCACUAAAAGGCCUCCUUAGAAGGGCACAUGUGUUUUAAAACCGUUCACAGCACUAUUUGGCUGUUGCUCAAUGGCAUAGUACAAACAGAGCCAAAAGUACCUUUCAAUAAUCAGUUCAAAUAUGAUUCUUUGUGUUAAUUGAUACUGCAUACAAAGAUGGUUUUAGGGAGUCUAUCAUUGUUAUUAUGUGAGCUUCAUACAUGCGUAUACAAAUGAUCAACAUUAGUUGCUGUGCAGCCACAGGCUGUGUGCCAUGGCGUCACAGUAGCAGUUUUAGGCAUGCCAUCCAAUGUGGGAAAUUUACCAUAAACCUCUGUAUUGCAGUUUUUAAAGUGGCUUCAAUGUGUUUACAGAUGGUUCUAAAUAAGCAUAGAUGUCAAAGCCCCGUCAGUAUUUAUAAGGUACAAACGGGGUGUAUGCUGUGUCAGUACCAUACCCUAUGGUCAACCAGUGUAAGGUCUUGCUUGUUUCUAAACAGUGACUUGUGUCUGACAGGGUAGAGUCACUCUUUUCAACAGGUGAAGUCGUGAUUGACUGUUUUGUUGGACAUUAGUGUGUGUGUUGUAUUUGGCAAAGUUAUAAGUUGGCGUGAUGUGUGACUUUGUAAGCUUUGUAAAAAAGAUUUAAAGUUGAAUAUGUUUUUUGUUUGGUUUUGUAAAUGUGUUCAUUAAGUGAUUAUUUAGUGAGCAGAUUUGACAGCAACUGUCUUUUAAAUAAAGUAAUUCAAUAAUAAAACAA